AUGGCGGGCGCGGGGGGCGGCGGCGGCCGCGCUGGACUUUGCCCCCCGGGCGGUCUUGAGCAGCUGGAGCUGGGGCAGCUCGGACAGCCUGCUGGCUCGCCCUCGCCGCCGCUCUCCUCUUGCUCGAGGCAGGCCUGGAGCCGGGACAACCCGGUCUUCGAGCCCGAGGAGGAAGACCCGGCCAGGGUGGCGACGGCGGUGGCGGGGCCGGUGCUGAGGAUGGACGUGGAGUGGGGCCGGGGCGACGCGGCCUCGCCGACCUCCGGCGGGCCCAGCGCUCGAAGCGGAGACGCCGCGCAGGGGAGGCAGCGGCGGCGCAGGCGGCGGGGCGAGGAAGAGGAGGAGGAGGACGGAGGGGAGCGGGGCCAUCCCUUCCCCGCGGGCGCAGGAGCGGGAGACGCCCUGCCCGCGCGCUUCGCUCCCGAAGAGGGCAACGGCGAGGCCGCGGAGCCCCCGCCGCACCGGAUCGCCUGGGCCAAAGGGCUGGCGAGCCGAUUGCGAGGUCUGUGGGGUACUCGGCUCAUGGAAGAAACUACAACUCGAGAGAAAUACUUGAAAAGUGUUUUGCGUGAGCUAAUAACGUAUUUGAUUUUUCUUGUCGUCCUAUCAAUCCUAUCUUACGGAAUGGUGAAUUCUAACAUUUACUACUACACAAGAGUAAUGUCCCAGCUCUUUCUCGAUACACCAGUAUCAAAGAUGGAGAAAACCAAUUUCAGAUCCUUGUCUACUAUGGAAGACUUCUGGAAGUUCACUGAGGGGCCGUUGUUGGAUGGACUGUACUGGGAGAUGUGGUACAAUAACAAAACCGUGGCAGAAAACAGAAGUUUCAUCUACCAUGAGAAUCUACUUUUAGGAGUGCCUCGUAUCCGGCAGCUGAAAGUCAGGAAUGCCUCAUGUUCGAUACCUGAAGAUUUAAAAGAUGAAAUAAAAGACUGUUAUGAUGUUUACUCAGUGGCUAAUGAGGACACUGCUCCAUUUGGGCUCCGGAAUGGGACAGCAUGGACGUACAGCAGUGAAAAAGUCUUGAAUGGGAGCAGCCACUGGGGGUUGAUCGCCACAUACAGUGGAGCUGGUUAUUACCAGGAGCUCUCAAAAAGCAAAGAAGACACCUCUGCCUUGAUUGCUGUCCUUAAGAACAACUUGUGGCUUGACAGAGGCACAAGGGCAGUAUUUAUCGACUUUUCCGUCUACAAUGCAAAUAUCAAUCUAUUCUUCAUUGUCAGGUUAUUGGUGGAAUUCCCACCCACCGGAGGCCUCCUGACAUCCUGGCAAUUCCAGCCAGUGAAGUUAAUCCACUACAUUACCACUUUUGACUUUUUCUUGGCUGCUUGUGAACUUGUUUUUUGCCUCUUUAUUAUUUAUUAUGUGGUGGAAGAAAUCCUGGAAAUUCACAUUCACAGGUUGUUCUAUUUUAGGAGUCUUUGGAACUGUCUCGAUGUUCUCAUUAUCACGCUAUCAUUGGCAGCUAUUGGAUUGAAUAUCUAUCAAAUAUCUACUGUGAAUAAGCUAGUGAAGAAACUGCUGGAAGAUCAAAAUAGCUUCCCCAAUUUUGAACCUUUAGCAUACUGGCAAACCCAGUUCAAUAAUGUUGCAGCUGUUACCAUGUUUUUCGUCUGGAUAAAGNUUUUUUCUUUUGAAAAACUUUUCAAAUUUAUCAGCUUCAACCGAACCAUGAACCAGUUGUCAACAACCAUGUCAAGAUGUGCCAAAGAUAUUCUUGGCUUUGCAAUUAUGUUUUUCAUCAUCUUCUUAGCCUAUGCUCAGCUAGCUUAUCUUGUGUUUGGGACACAAGUUAAUGACUUCAGUACCUUCCAGGAUAGUGUCUUUACUCAGUUCCGCAUCCUGCUGGGAGAUUUUGACUUUACAGAGGUUGAAGAAGCUAACAGAAUUUUAGGACCAGUUUAUUUCACUUCAUUUGUGUUCUUUAUGCUCUUCAUUCUUUUGAACAUGUUUUUGGCCAUCAUCAACGACACAUAUUCAGACGUCAAAACUGAUAUGAUACAGCAGAAGUCGGAAAUGGAACUUUCAGAUCUUAUUAAAAAGGGAUACACCAAAGCCAUGGUGAAAUUAAAAUUGAAAAAAACACCAGUCGAUGACAUUUCAGAGAGUCUGCGCCAAUGUGGAGGCAAAUUAAAUUUUGAUGAACUGCGGCAAAACCUAAAGGGAAAGGGACGUACUGAUGCUGAGAUUGAAGCCAUCUUUACAAAGUAUGACCAAGAUGGAGAUCAAGAAUUGACUGAGUUGGAGCAUCAGCAAAUGAGAGAUGAUUUAGAGAAAGAGAGGGAGGACUUAGAGCUAGACAGAAGUUCUCUAAACCGUCCACUCAGUGGCCGUAGCUUUCCACGAAGCCUUGAUGAUUCGGAAGAGGACGAUGACGACGACAGUGGACACAGCUCCAGAAGAAGAGGCAGCAGCUCAAGUGGUGUUUCAUAUGAAGAGUUCCAAGUCUUGGUCCGUCGAGUGGAUCGCAUGGAACAUUCCAUAGGCAGCAUUGUAUCUAAGAUUGAUGCUGUCAUAGUCAAGCUGGAAACUAUGGAGAGAGUUAAACUGAAGAGGAAAGAGGUGCUGGGCAGGCUACUCGAUGGAGUUGCAGAGGAUGAAAGGCUGGGUUGUGACAACGACGCGCGCAGAGAUCAGAUGGAGAGACUGGUACGAGAAGAACUGGAACACUGGGAAUCGGAUGAUGCUGCAUCCCAAGUAAGCCAUCGAAUGGGGACCCCGGUGGGAUUCAACAGCCACGGACGGACCAGGAAUCCCCGCCCUUCUUCCUCACAGUCCACAGAAGGCAUUGAUGGAGGAGGA